AUCAUAUCCCACUUCUAAAUUCUCACAUUUCUUUCAAAGUUCCAAUACCUUGGUAUGCAAAGAUAUAUAUCUUUAUUCUUGAUUAAUUCCAUCAAUAUGACAGCCCUGAAAAGAAGCAGAGAAGACAAUGGUCAAGUGGAAGCAGAAGCCAUGGCUAACUGUGCCUUAAUGCUCAUGUCUCGUUUAAACGACAGCAACACUUCUUCAUCAGAUCAUCACAAUGAUUUUGAAUGCAAGACUUGUAAUAAACGGUUCCCAUCUUUCCAAGCCCUCGGUGGUCACCGUACAAGUCAUAAUAAACGGCCAAAAUUACUCGGAGAAUUUGUUAUUGAAGCCAAAAAGAACAAAAUGCAUAAAUGUUCUAUAUGUGGAAUGGAGUUUUCUUUGGGCCAAGCUUUAGGUGGCCACAUGAGGCAUCACCGUGAUAAAAUCAAUAAAACGUCGACGAUAAUAUCGGUGUUGAAGAAGUCAAAUAGCAGCAAGAGAAUUUUUUGCUUGGACUUAAACUUAACCCCUCAUGUUGAUGUUGAUUUCAAGUUAUGGCCGACGACACCGGUUUCAUUUCCUGUAUUGCGAAUCUUUAUUUAAUUCUUUUUGAACACUUUGUGUUCAUUUUUCGUGUAUAUAAUCCCUAAUUAGUUAGCUGAUUCUUUUACAUAUGUUGUAUUUGUCCAUAUACCACCUAGAAUUUCGAUAUGUAUACAUAUCAUGUGUUUGAUUUUGUUACCUUGAAUAUUAUAUACUGGUAUAAUAACAUCGAACAUAAAAAUAAUUCAAUCAAAUGUGAUUCAAA